UUUUUUUUUUUUUUGCUUUUUCGAUUCCAAACAUUUUUUGCUAAUUUUCUUUAAAAUGGGUAUUCUGGAAAAGAUCCAAGAUAUUGAAAAUGAAAUCAAGCGUACACAAAAGAACAAGGCCACUGAAUACCAUCUUGGGUUAUUGAAGGCGAAACUUGCAAAAUAUCGAGUGCAGUUGAUGGAAGGAGCUCAAACCAAAUCAGAAAAGGGUCAAGGUUUUGACGUUCAAAAAUCAGGAGAUGCUCGUGUGGUCAUGAUUGGGUUCCCUUCGGUAGGCAAGUCAACUUUAUUAUCAAAACUCACACCACAAAACAGUGAAGUGGCAAGCUAUGAAUUCACAACAUUGACGUGUGUACCUGGAAAAAUCAACUACAAUGGAGCCACUAUUCAGUUAUUAGAUUUACCGGGGAUCAUUGGUGGUGCCGCAGAAGGUAAAGGUCGUGGUAAACAAGUGAUCGCAGUGGCAAGAACAGCAGAUAUUGUUUUGAUGAUGUUGGAUGCUACAAAAUCAGCACAACAAAGACCUCAAUUAGAAGCAGAAUUGGAAGCUAUUGGUAUUCGGUUGAAUCAAUCAUUCCCCAAUGUAUCAUUUAAAGUCAAAAAAGCUGGUGGUAUUAGUUUUAACGCUACAGUUAAAUUGACUUAUUUGGAUCAAAAAAUGGUACACAAUAUCCUACAUGAUUACAAAAUAUUUAAUGCUGACAUUGUAAUUCGAGAAGAUAUUACUGUGGAACAAUUUAUUGACGUUGUACUUGGAAAUAGAAGAUAUAUCAAAUGCCUUUACUGCUAUAACAAGAUUGAUCAAAUCUCAAUGGAAGAAGUAGAUCGAUUGGCACGACAACCUGACACUGUAGUAGUAUCUUGUGAAGACGAUUUGAAUAUGGAUUAUCUUGUAGAAUGCAUUUGGAAGAAAUUGGGUUUGAUGCGGGUAUAUACUAAGAAACGGGGCGAAUAUCCUGAUUUUGAUGAUGGUCUGAUUGUAAGAAGUGGAGCUACAGUUGAACAUGUGUGUCAUGCUAUUCAUCGAUCAUUGGCUGAAACUUUUCGAUAUGCACUUAUCUGGGGAACUUCAACAAAACAUAAUCCUCAACGGGUUGGUUUAUCUCAUUUAGUACAUGAUGAAGAUGUUGUACAAGUUGUUAAGAAAUAAAGAAAUUCUACUUUAUCUAAUGUAUAUUUAUUUAUAUGAAAUAAUAUGAUUUU